GGCGGGACGAGAAGGUCUUCCGGAAAGGAUUCAAAUUCCAAGGGCUGAAAUCGCGGGAGGAGCCGACUCCGCGGGUUUUUAGGUUACCUAUGAAGACAGUUGACUAAAAUAUCAAACUAUGAAGGAAACGUCCCCCAAGAACAGUCACCUGACAGUUCCGAGUCCAGAAUGGAUGCUGCCGACGCUCAACAGGCAAGAACAGCGAGUCAUAGUAGUUUUGUUGACCUGCUGCCUCCGGAAGUCACUUGUAAAAUCUUCAGCCAGUUAGACGUCCAGAGUCUGUGCAGAGCUUCCGAGACGUGCUGGAGUUGGAAUCGCACGAUAAUAAACAAUGAUGAUGCCUUGUGGAAGCCUCACUGCUUGACCGCGAGAGCUGUGUGCCCGAGAGAAAUCGACAGGGACAUCGAACACAACACCUGGCGGGAGACACUCCUAAGAAAUUACCAGAAGAGUAAAGUGAAACACGCGUGGCUCAGUGGAAGAUACAGCAACAUACGUUCUCCUCUGAACCUGCCGAAAAGAUUCAUGUACCCGAUGGAUGUGGAUACAUGGGGAGAAAUUCUAGAUGCAGAACUGAAAAGAUAAGUUGAAGAAUCUCAGUAGACCUCGUGGCUUUGAUCGCACAUAACUAAAAUGAUUCAGACGUCAAGAGACCUUUUAAAAUCUGAUAAUGUUUUUCUCAGUUUUUUUAAAAAAAAAUCUAGCAUUUAAAAGAAAGCUGAGUUGACCGUGAAGCUUUGUUUGUAUUUUGCACUUUAGCUAAAGUUUUUUCAGGUUUUAUGCAGUGAGAAAUCUUGAAAUGUUAUUUUUAUUAAAAAAAAAAUAGCAUGAUAGAAUGAUUUUGAAAUGUGCUGUUUCAUGUAUUUGUGUUAGACUGUUGUAUUACUUUAAGUGAUAGAAUUGACUGUUAUUUUCUAUUUAAUCCUUCAAGAAUUCAGGGGCUACCUGAAGAAACUUACUUAAGGAUUCAUUAUAAAUCAGUAUAGAUAUAGACUUGUCUGACUUAUAUUAAAUGAGAGUAGUUGCAAUAUAUGUAGAUUAGUAAUAAUAACUGUUAUGGUAACAGUUUUCAAUUCAGUGGAACAGACUGAAUUGUCAAAUAAUGAAAGCUAAUUUAAAAUGUGUUGAACCUAAGGUUUAUUUAAACUUGAUCUGGUCCUGAGAUGAAACUCAAAUUAAGCUUUACAUUAUUUUUCUACAAACCUAAAAUUGGUCUCAGAAACUGAGACUGUGUUUGAAAAGCUGCAGAACACAACACGUAAGGACAAUUAGAACCACCGAAGGUGGUCUACCUUAGUCAACUACAUCCGACAUCCUGGUCGCGCCACCUAGUGGACUCCUAGACGCUUGUCCUUUCUUAAGAACACGUCUUUUCCAAGCCCUGCUUGAUCUUGAUAAAGUGUAUCUUUGCAAGAAGGGACCUUUUUUCAACUUUGUUUCUCUUUUUUCAUAAAAUGAGAUUGUGUAGCAUUUCCUCUAACAGGUUGUAACACUUGAAUCUGUAAGCCAUAGUAAAAUGUGUCUACAGAUAGCAUCGCUUGCAUGUAGUUUUUUAUAGUUAUUAUGUUUUAACUUUCUGUUGCUGUUCUGUUUCUACCUGCUAGGACUCGACUGAUGUAGUCCUGCUCUAGAUGCACUAUUUGAAUGUGUGAAGACAGCCGGCCUGUCUCUUCCAACUAUCUUCUCCCCGUCUUUCUGAGCGGCACAUGCCAUACUUCGUAGGCCAAGCAGCAGAGUCUGCUGCUCACGCCUCUUAACAAAUGUGUGACUGGGGAGGAAGAUAGCCUGCUGAUUUCCCUUAGGAAGAGAUAAUGGAAAAGCACUUUGAAAUCUUGAGACCCCUGGAAGGGAAUCAGUAAAGCACUUACUGCAUACCGACUGCAUGUAUAUGCGGGUGUUGUGGGCCAUGGGCCGUGUCCUGUGAUGAGCCUUCUGCCUUUCGCCUCUCUCUGCUAGGAAAGAAUGGCCCAACCAGGAGGAAUUGUCCUCCUCACUCACGGCGCCCUCUCUGUCAGCCUCCAUGUUGAGGCUCAGAGUAGAACGUGACUGAAACCGAAGGGAUGGCCCCGUUUCCUACCACACAGAGAAGCGGGCCCUCAGUCAGAGAGCACACAGCCAGCAGAAACAAAGGAAGCGGAAGAGAGGGUGAUGGUAACAGCUGAUUCGGUCAGUACCCUUGUCUAAAGAGCGUAAAUUGCACUAGAAACCCUGCCCUACCGUAGGGCUUUCUUACUGUUGGACAAGUGUGUGACACUUGUGGUUUACGUUAGUGUCUUAGUUUUGCUCUCGGAACCCUACCUGCAGGGCUCCCUUUGCCUACUUUUCAAGGAUGUGAUCCUUGUGGUUUCGUUAACAUCUUUGUUUUAGAGAUCUCAGCCCUUGCUUUGACUCCUUCCUUAGUCCUACUGAUUUUGUGUCCCUUGCCUCAAAUGUCCCCAGCAUUCAUUUCUUUCUCCACCUUCUAUAACUCAUUCUUCCCACAAAAAGUUGAAACUGCUGCUAAGAUACAAGUAAAUUACUUCCUAAUGUGUUUGAUACGUGUUUGUCCUUGAUUUAUCUGGCACUCAGUUCUUGCCAUUCUUGGGCUGGAGGCAAGCAUCUCAUUUCUCUUCGCACACUCCAGCCGGUCUCUGAGUUUCCUUCGGAGACCCACCGUCCUAAAAGAUGCUGUUGUUCGCGGAGGUCAGCCUGUUGUCCUCUUCUUCACUCUGAGCAGCUACUCCCCAUCCUCACUGCCAUUGUUGGCUUUUCUGGUGUCUGGAUUCCUGACUGCACGUCACACUUACCCAUGCUCUUCCAGAUGCGCCUGUGCCAACCUGCUGGCAUCGUGGGGAGCCAGAGCUCAUUAAAGCAGCAGAUGAGUUACUCUUUUGGCCCCUGCCCUGGAGAGUGGCCAGGGCUCGAGGUAUCUCACCCCAUUUCUGCUUCCCUCAUCCUGCGACCAUCCAUCCAAAGAUCAGCUCUUACUGCUUUAGUUGUCUGAAUAUUGGAGCAGCCCAGCUCCGUGUUUUCUCUCUCUCAUACUUUUUACCCUUAUUUGAAGCUGACAUGGCUAAGACACCCUCCUGUACUCCUUCCUCUCACUGCUGAUAGAUCAGUCUUCCUAAGAGCCCUCAGACUAGCGCGUCACCUCUAACUUGGGACAUUUGCUAUGUUCAGGUAGAGAAUGGCUCUAAAAAGGGAGGCCCUUAACAACUCUCCCUGGCUUAGCUCUGUAGCCUUUGCUCUUAUAGUUCUCCAUUCUGUGUCUUUCUGUUCAGUCAGACCGAAUAGCAUCUGCAGCUGCCCGCCCAUGCUUGCUCCCUUAUGUCUGCCCCACCGUACAGGUCAUGUGAUAGACAAUACUUACAGGUUUGUCCUUCCUCCACCAUCAGCUCUUGACUUGGCAGAGUCUUUUACCUCUAGCCCACCCAUACCUGCAUUGUUCUGCAUUAAAUUAUUCUUCUAAAGUUCAUAUAUAUUUUUCUUUAUGAAAUUCUCCUCAAAAGCUAUCACACUAUGUUGAGUUGUCUGUCUACCUGCCCCUAUGGAUUGUGAAUUUCUUAGUGACAGGAACCAUAUUUUAAUUUAUUAAAAGUUUUUAGUAACAGCUGGGCAGUGGUGACACACGUCCCAGCACUCGGGAGACAGAGACAGGCGGAUCUCUCUGAGUUUGAGGCCAGCCUGGUCUACAAGAGUUCGAGGACAGGCUCCAAAGCUACAGAGAAACCCUGUCUCAAAAAACAAAACAACAACAACAAAAAAAAAAUCUUAGUAACUUAUAUCAUAUUCAGAAUGUACAAAAAUUUAUUAUUGUGGUAAUAUAAAAUGUUUUAUUUUAGCAGCAAAUUAUGAUUACUGGAUAAGACUGUAUUAAAAUGCAAAAUAUAAUUGUGCAAUG